AUGCAGGUUUGUUUCAGUAACUUCAAAAUCCUUAGGCUAAAUGAUGAUGAACUAACAUCACCAUCCUCAGAUGAAAAGAUGGACACUGGAUCCGAGUCUUUCCGAUCACAAGGCACACCCAAUUCAGUCCUAUCGUCAGACUUCGAAGGCGACCAUCCUGAACCAGUGCUCCGUCUCCAAAACCCUGAGAUCUUGCGUCUGACAGCCGUGGAACAACUCAACGAUAGUCUCAUCACUAAAAUGUCGAGUCUCAGAAUUGAAUCUCCUAAAACUGGUAUCAAACCCCCUAAAAGUCUCGGCAUCAGCCCACCGAAGUUCAGUUCAACAUUGACCCUUACUACUAGUCAUCCGUUAAUGAGCCCAGACGAAAACUACCCAGAUCUGAUACCUAAGAAGAUACAUAAAAUCGAAGAUGAGAAAGAUCUGAGUUUAUCCAGCAUAGAAGAUGAAAGGACUGGAGAUAACAAUGGGUUUUACAGCCCUCAACGGAAUACGUCCAAGAAUAAUUUGUAUUUUAGUGAAGCCUUCGUGACUGCUGAGAGCCACGAUUUAGAUCUGACCGUUCCUCCUGAUGUAGCCAGGGUCGAUAAGGUGGAGCGGAGGAAGAUAGUGCCUAAGUUAAGAGAUGGUACACCGAAUAAGGGAGAUAUGCUACAGUUUCUUGAAGAGAGGAAUCUCAAACAAAGUACUCCAAAAUCUUUGCCAGUUGAUAUAAGUAAUGUUAAUGAAGAAUUUCAUUCGGUAGCAGAGUGGUGUGAGUCACCCUCUCAGCUUCGUGCCAUGCCUAAUUUUGAACUACCCAUCGAAAUGUCUAGCAGUAUAGGAUUGCACAAUGACCUGGACUCUCCAGACGUUAUAUCAGCAUCGACCCAAGAGGACAGAUCAGCGUAUCAAGCCCUCCUGGACCCUUACACUGGAAGUGUCGCACUCCGACACACGCCAGCACCUCACAGAAGUCCUGGAGCGCAAAGAAGAAAAAUACAACUGCCGCCAGAAGUAGAAGAUGACAGAUGUAGUUUGGACAGCGUGAGUGUUUGCUCAAUGGAGUCUGAGGAAGAGCCUCCUGAACCCGAUCCCCAGCUGGUUGUGACUCCGCAGCCUGUUCCGAUGCUCCGAGAUUUAUGUGAUAACAGCAUUUCAAAAUCAACGAACACCUUAAGCGAGUGCAGUGAUCCCAUACCUGAAUAUUCUGCUGCCGAGGAGUUGAGUAACGAAAGAGCCUGGAUCAGCGUCCCCAGGGGUACUGGACACGCAACUUGUGAUAUGAAGGUAAUAGAACCGUACAAGCGCGUGAUAUCCCAUGGGGGUUACGACCCCAGGGGCGCAGCGCUCAUAGUGUUCAGUGCAUGCCAUCUGCCAGACGGGGCCCGACCCGACUACACAUACGUUAUGGAUAAUUUGUUUUUGUACGUGAUAUGGACGCUCGAAAGGCUGGUAACUGAUGAGUAUAUCCUGGUGUACCUGCACGGCAGUGCGGGGAGGAGAAAGCUUCCCACCUUCCACUGGCUCCACGAGUGUUAUAAACUUAUAGAUAGAAGAUUGCGCAAAAGUCUUAAACAUUUGUACCUGGUUCAUCCAACAUUUUGGCUGAAGUCCUUUGUUAUAUUAACAAAACCUUUUGUGAGUUCGAAAUUCUUUCGGAAGCUGUCCUACGUCAGGAGUCUGGCGGAGCUGAUGGAGAAAGUGCCAGUGGAACCGAAUGCUAUCCCGGAAAUGGUGAAACAAUUCGACGCUACAAAACGAUAG